CACAUGAUGAAAUAAGAAAUGGUUGCAACCUGUUUUACCACAGAUAAAAUCUUCAAAGGGGAAGGAGAGAUAAUGUAGGGGAUUUGCCUGAGGUCACCCUCGUAUAUAUAAUACGGACCCGCCUUCGCUAACUUCACCUGGGAAAGAGAGUUAUUUUUUUAUGUUAAUAAAUCCUAAGGAAAACAAAUUACCCAAGGAAUCAUGACAGAUGCCCAUUGCUGCUUUUUUGUAUUAUCUGUUUUUUCAAUCAUUAAGACAAAACUGCCUGUGCUCUAAAGAAAAUUUUUCAAAAUUAUUUUUGACAAUUUAAAGAAAAUAUCUUUCAGAUCUGAAAUGAUAAAUUCUUAUACAUUGACCACAUAGAAAUCCAUCAGGCCUUGUUCAUAGUGGAUUACUUUUGUGGCUCUCAGAACUUCAGUGUCUGUGUUCGCUAUUGUUACUUGGCAGAGUCCUCUAGUUCACAGCAUCAGAGAAGAGAUGAACUUAGAAACUUGCAUAGUUAUAAUAGACUGCCGUGAAUACAAGUGGACAGUUCAAGCAGUCGUCCAUUUUAUCAACAGAAAUAUCACCUAAGUAUAUAAUUCAUAGUUUUAAUGACAAUAAAGUUGCUUGAAAAUGGCAUGGGUCAGAUUCUUACGGAAACCUACCGGCAAUCUUGGAAAAGUUUACCAACCUGGGAGUAUGCUGUCUCUGGCCCCUACCAAAGGCUUGUUGAACGAACCAGGACAAAACAACUGCUUCCUUAAUAGUGCUGUACAGGUUUUAUGGCAACUGGAUAUAUUCCGGCGAAGCCUACGGAAUCUGACUGGCCACGUUUGUCAAGGAGACGCCUGUAUCUUUUGUGCACUAAAGACAAUAUUUGCACAGUUUCAACACAGUCGGGAAAAAGCUCUUCCCUCAGACAACAUAAGACAUGCACUUGCGGAAAGCUUCAAAGACGAGCAGCGAUUUCAACUGGGUCAUAUGGAUGAUGCCGCAGAGUGCUUUGAAACUAUAUUAGAGAGGAUUCAUUUUCAUAUAGUGCCAAGCAGAGAUGUCGACAUGUGUACCUCUAAAUCUUGCAUCACUCACCAGAAGUUUGCUAUGACUUUGUAUGAACAGUGUAUAUGCCAUAGCUGUGGAGCAUCAUCAGACCCUCUGCCUUUUACUGAGUUUGUGCGGUAUAUUUCUACGACUGCCCUGUGUAAUGAAGUUGAAAGAAUGAUGGAAAGACAUGAGCGCUUUAAACCUGAAACGUUUGCUGUGGUGCUGCAAGCAGCAAACACAACUGAUGACUAUAGGAAAUGCCCUAGUAACUGUGGCCAAAAAAUCAAAAUUCGUCGUGUUUUAAUGAACUGCCCGGAGAUUGUGACGAUUGGAUUAGUCUGGGAUUCUGAACAUUCCGACUUGACUGAAGAUGUUGUUCGGAAUCUGGGAACACAUCUUUCUCUUCCUGGGCUUUUUUAUAGGGUUACUGAUGAAAAUGCCAAAAAUAGUGACCUUCAUCUUGUUGGCGUGAUCUGCUACACUAGCCGACACUACUGUGCCUUUGCUUUUCAUACCAAGAGUUCCAAAUGGGUAUUUUUUGAUGAUGCAAAUGUAAAAGAGGUUGGAACCAGAUGGAAGGAUGUGGUUUCCAAGUGUGUCCGAUGCCACUUCCAGCCGCUGCUGCUAUUCUAUGCGAACCCAGAUGGCACAGCUGUUUCCACUGAAGAUGCUCUCAGGCAGGUCAUCCACUGGUCCCAUUAUAAGUCUGUUGCAGAACAUAUGGGAUUUGAAAGGCCCUCGGUUUCUAAGUCAGAUAACUCAAAAGAAAAUGGAUUUGGAGAUCAGACAAAACAGAGAGAAAAUUCAAGAUUUCAAGGCGAUAAUAGUUCCUCAUUUAAUCAGAGCCACAGUCAGACCGGAGGCAGCCGAGCAGCAGUUAAGUCAAGUCACAAUGAUCAGAGGGAGAAAUUCAAAGACAUUUCCAGAGAAUGUGCUCUAAAAGCCAUCGAGCAGAAAAACUUACUUUCCACCCAAAGGAAGGAGUUGGAGAGGGUACAAAGAAAAGAUCUGGGUCGACAUAAAGAUUUGGUUGCUGAAGACCUUCCUCAUUCCAAGUCUGGCCCACCCGCCCCAGAUGGCUUCCGACAGCAUGGAAAUCCACAUUUCUAUCAUAGCCAGGGAAAGGGACCUUGUAAACAUGAUCGCACUGCCCAGCAGAGUCGAGCUUCGGCACAAACAAUGAGUUCCAGCAAGUCCCAGGUUCUCCCUCAGGGAGAGAAAGUAACCGGCAAAGCUAAGAAUGACGCUAGUACUGGGUAUGACACUGACAGCAGCCAAGAUUCUCGUGACAGAGGAAGCGGAUCUGUUAGCAGCAGUAAAAGCCGGAACCGAAGUUGGAAGCCUAUGAGGGAAACAUUAAAUGUUGAUAGUAUUUUCAAUGAAAGUGAAAAAAAGCAACAUAGCCCCAGACAUAAAUCAAAUAAUGUUAGCAAGCUUAAAUAUAGUAAAGAUCAGAGUUCUAACAAUUGGCCCAAAGAGAAUGCAAAGCAAAAGGGUUUGAUGACCAUAUAUGAAGAUGAAACGAAGCAGGAAACAGGAAGCAGGAGUUCCCUUGAAUCUGGUGGGAAAGGAGUGGAAAAAAAUAAGGGCCUCAAGGAGACUAAAGUUCAUGGUGAGAACUGGCAGAUGCAGAGGACAGAGUCUGGAUACGAAAGCAGUGAUCAUAUCAGUAAUGGAUCUAUCAGCCUGGACUCACCUGUUAUUGACGGACAUGGUACAGUUCUGGAUACCAAUGGUGCUAAAGAAACAGUACCCCUGAGUGACCAGAUUAAGACAAGCAACCUAAAUAUAGAACGCUCUAACUGUACCUCUCAACAAAGCAAAAGUCACAUGGAAGGCUUUAAAAAAGAAAUCAAGAACUUGGAAGUAGGCCGUUUAUCCCAUGAUUCCCACUCAGAAUCACAUCUACAAAUAAAAACUUCUUUGAUGAGAAGGUCACAUCCACGUGAAACCAGUGGCAAGUUACUCUCUUCAUCCAGUCCACAGACACUCAAAGACCACCCGGCAAAAGAACAUCUCCAUCAUUCAGAGGAACAGAAACUUGAGAAGUCAAGUGAACCCAAGUUUUCUGAGCGGCUUCAUGUGGAAAAUUCUGAGAGAACAGGUUUACUUUCUCCCACUGAGGAGAAUUCUGCUUCUGGAAAGAGAGUGAACAGUAAUGAAACAGUUGCCACAUCUCCUUUGUGGUCUUUACAUGUGAGAACUGUUGGGGCGAACCCAGAAACUGGCUCUCUGAACCAGCAGCCAACUAAGAUGGAACAGUGUUACUUGGAAAACUCUUUAUCCAGGGAACAUAUCGUUGAGUCAACCUGCAGAUCUGAGGGUUGUCAGAUGCCAAAACUUGUUUGCCAGAAUCUACCACCUCCUUUACCACCAAAGAAAUAUGCUAUGAACACCAUGUCACAGUCAGAGAAAAAUGAUCCCACACCUGACAGCAAGCUUACAGACCAGAAUAAAGCGAAAUCCUCCAGUCUUCCGAAGCAUGUUGCUCUCAGCCCAGCAUCAGAGCCAGGGCUCGAGGCGAGUGCCUACGUGAAUGAUGAACGAAUUAAGGAAACGUUUCAAGGCAGAGAGCAGGUUGGCAGCACCCCAGGCUGCGCCUCUGGCUCGGCAGCUAAUGAUUUUCAAGCAGACUUGGGUUUCAAGCAGACAGUGGUUGAUGCUUUUUGCCAACCAGAAAUAGACUCUGUUCCUCCCGGCCCAAGUGAGACCAUUUCAUUAACCACCUAUUUCUCAGUUGACAGCUGCAUGACUGAUACAUACAGACUGAAGUACCAUCAGAGGCCCAAGCUCUGCUUCCCAGAGAACAGUGGAUUUGGUCAUGAUAAUUCACUUUCUCAGAGUGAAAGAGGAGUAGGGCCCACGUUACAUAGUAGCCUUGAUCCAAAUUGCCCUUCUGAGCAAAGAUAUAAGCCUAACAUUCAUUGUGAUCGGUAAAUGGUGAACUAGCAAGCUUCUCAGAGAAUGUGACAGCUUUAGAGGAACCGACUGACCAAACAUAGUGACAUAGUGAAAUUAAAACUACAUUUUUUAAGUCAAUAAUCACUUUAACUUUAUAUAUGUGUAUAUAGAUAUAUUUUAUUUCAGAUUUUGUGAUGAUAAACGUAUUCAAUAUUUUAGAAACUUUCUCUUUUCAUUCCAUGAAGAAUAGAAAGUCAGGGGGGUAUGCAAAAUAUUUUUACUGUCUGCUGCAGGUGAAUAAAGAUGUAAUUUGUUCCUUUAUUUUGUGUCUCGGAGGCCCAUGAGUAUUAAAGUAACCAAACUCACAUAUGUAGGUUAGUAAACCAUGUUCACUGAGACAUACCAGGUAAUAAAUACAUGGCUUGUGUAGUCAAAACAGUAUUUGCUUUAUGAAGCACUUUCCAAUGGGUAACCAAGAGAGGGCUUCACCCAUUUGUUUUUGACUUCUGUGAUAGUCUAUUACAAAUGAUCCAUAUAAGUGUCUUAAAAAUGUUUUAUGUUGACCCAUGAAGCAGAUAACAUUUGGAGAAAAAAAGAAAGCCUUAAUGAUACAGCAAUUCUAAAAUUAUCAAGGCCAGGACAGGAGAAACUAGUUUUGCUUCAUUUUCAAACCUUUAUGGAAUGCCUAAUUUACAUGACUGUGUUCAUAAACAUUACUUUAUCCACAUAAGCUAAAAACAAUGAAAAGACUUAACUUUAGUCAUUUAUCUUGUUACUUUUUUUUUCCUAAUUUUAUUUGGUUUGUUUUGGGCUGCUAAUAACCAGUGUUAGGAAUUCACCCAGAGCCCUCCCCUUGGGAAUGUCACUGUGAUUGUCUCAGUUUUUUCAUUUUAAAUCUUACCUAAUUACAGGCUAUCAGUUCACUUGACUGGUUUUUGUAGUCUUGAAUUUGAAAACCCAUCUUGUUUUCUAGAGUAAGCUUCUGCUUUUAGUGUGGAGGGUUUAAUUUUAAUGAAAUGUAUCAUUUAAGCAUCUUUUUCCUA